AUGAUAUACGAAUGUAAAACAGCAUUUGACACAGAGGAUAGUGUUGAUGAUAGAGAUAAAACAACCGAAAAAGAAGGCAUACUGGCUUUUCUAAUACAAAUCUUAUAUCUACAGAUUAAGAUAGCUAAGAGGCUUCUUCUAUUUGAAACAUUUCUUUUCUAUUUGUGCACUUUUUCUAAACAGUCGAAUCGAAAUAAGGUAAUCGAACAGAUAAUCACCAGCAUGUCAGACUCAGAAGAUGAUUUGGGAAUACCGCUGAAAGGAUUGAGGAUUUCUAAAUACUUGAAAGAGGAGAAAACUAAAAACUCGCUUCCUAAAGACUCACUUCCUAAGGACGACUCUCCGGAAGAUAAUGACUUGAGUAGUACCCCACAAUUCCAUAGUCCUGGCGUCUCACCUUCGGAACCGACGAUAGCUCCUCAGGUCAGCAGCACUGCACCUGAGAGCAUAAUUUCAGACUCUGAAAAUCCCUUGACUACAACGAACACUGCAAGCAUAGAUGCCUUGGAAACGAAGGAUCACAGUGGAGUCCAUCAAGAAACCGAUGCCAUCGCUGCUGAACAGCAAGUAGGAAUACGAAAGGAUGAAAAGGAUGUUUUAGACUCAGAUUCUGAUUCAGACUCGACUGAAUGGCAAACAAUGCCUACCAUUGCAUCGUACAAUGUUUAUAAUCAAAAAGGUGAAUUAGAGUUGAAACCAUACUCUAGCACAUCAUUAAACUCCUCUCAAGAUCAACUGACAUUGACAAAUUCGAAUAUUAAAAAGAAAAAAGAUCAUACUUUUGACUAUACCAAAGUUGCCGAAGAAACACAAGCUCAACGUUCAUAUUUAUCAAAUAAAAAGACAGAUUUUUUAUUCGAUCAUAAGAAACUAAAGAAACUGAACAAUUCUACGGAUUCACAUUUAAGUAAUACAUCCUCCCCCGAUAUCCCUGAUAUAAUAGACGAGGAAGACGAAAAUUAUGACGAAUUCGAAGAUGAUAUAGAACCUACCGAUGAUCUAAACCCUGAUUCACAAUUAAGCAUAACGAAAAAUUUAUUGACUGAUCAGGAGAAAUUUGCAUAUUUAGGAGCAGUAAACGUGAUAGCAAACCAAAUGUGUACAGAUUUAGCAACAUUAUGUUUAUGCAUCGACAUAAAAGCUCAUAAAAAAUUGGCUCAUAGACUACAGUUUACUCAGAAGGAUAUGGCUGCUUGGAAGACCGUAGUAUUGUCAAGAGUAUAUGACCAUCUCGGUGUAUCAGAAGAAGAAAUAGAUAUGAUAGAACGUUUGUCUUUACACAAGAUUAAAGUUGAAGACUUGUGUAAAUGCCUGAAAACCACACAGAAUAUAGAUAACCCAUUCGAAGAUACGUCCUCUGAAAACAAGUCUGGUGUGGAUAACGAAAAAGACAAAAAAGAAGAUCAAGAACCUGACAAAAAGUUAGAAGAGAUGGAGCAAGAUAAAACGGUAAAUGAGCUAGAAAGUAUAGGAGACUCCACUCUUGCAAGCACAUCAGAAGGAGUAGAAGUGAAAGACCAAUUUAAGGAACCUUCAGUUAAUGAUGACGAUACUAUGUUGGCACCAACAAAAAUUAUAGACCCUAAUGCCAUCAAGGAUAAAAGUAAACUUUCAGUGGACAUUGCAUGGACAAUAAUAUGUGAUUUGUUUUUAAUCUUAUUACAGGGAUCAAAUUAUGAUUCUCGUUCACGUACUCUAUUGAUUAAAUUUGCAGAAGCACUCAAUGUAACCAAGAUGGAAAUAUGUGAAUUCGAAAAACGUGUUACAGAUUCCUUAGAUAUGGAGCAAUCUACAGAUGACCAAGUUUGGAACGAAACCGAUCAUAUGAAGGCAAGAAGAAAAAAGAAGAGGAGAAGAAAAAUGUAUUAUGUUGGCCUAGCAAUGGUAGGGGGAUCUUUGGUACUAGGUUUAAGUGGUGGUCUUUUAGCACCCGUGAUUGGUGCUGGUAUUGCCGCAGGUCUAUCAACUGUUGGUCUUACAGGUGCAACAGGGUUUCUGACAGGGGUAGGUGGGACCACUGUUGUUGCAUUAUCAAGUACUGCUAUUGGUGCAAAUAUUGGUGCAAGAGGUAUGUCCAAGAGAAUGGGGAGUGUUAGAACAUUCGAGUUUCGUCCUCUCCAUAAUAACCGUCGAGUAAAUUUGAUUAUUAGUGUCUCUGGAUGGAUUAUCGGUAACGAGGAUGAUGUCAGGCUUCCGUUUUCAACGGUUGACCCUGUAGAAGGUGAUUUAUAUUCUUUAUAUUGGGAACCAGAAAUGUUGAAAUCUACUGGUCAAACAAUCAACAUUGUUGCAAGUGAAGUUUUUACACAGACCAUCCAACAAGUGCUUGGUGCAACCAUUUUAACAGCUUUCAUGUCCGCCAUUCAAUGGCCAAUGGCUCUUUCGAAGUUAGGGUAUAUUUUGGAUAAUCCAUGGAAUGUUUCACUAGAUAGAGCUUGGGCAGCCGGCCUCAUCUUGGCUGAUACAUUAAUGACGAGGAACCUUGGUGAACGUCCUGUUACUCUCGUCGGGUUUUCAUUAGGUGCAAGAGUGAUUUAUUCGUGCUUGAUCGAACUAUGUAAAAAGAAAGCACUUGGCCUUAUUGAAAAUGUGUUUAUCUUCGGUACUCCUGUUGUCAGAAAGAAAGAACAUCUAGUAAUGGCAAGAUCUGUGGUAAGUGGAAGAUUUGUCAAUGGAUAUUCUGAUAAGGAUUGGGUUUUGGCAUAUUUGUUUCGUGCAACUGCUGGGGGAUUUAGUGCAGUUAUGGGUAUAUCACCUAUUGAAGGUAUCGAAGGUAUUGAAAACUUCAAUUGUACUGAACUCGUAGAUGGUCAUAUGGCAUAUCGUCAAAACAUGCCAAAAUUAUUGAAGGAGAUGGGAAUAGCCGUACUUGGAGACACAUUUGUGGAAAUUGAGGAACUAAUGGACCCCGAGGAAUUCCAACGACAAAGAAAGUUGGUUCAUGAUGUAGAUGCUGCUCAGAAAAAGUUAUCAGAAAGGAAGAAGCACAGUAGUGGUUGGGUUCCAAAAUGGUUAAAGCCGAAGAAAUCAAAAUGGCAAGUUAUGGUGGAAGAAGCUGUGGAAGAAACUAAAGAAAGUGAUAUUUUAACUGAGUCAGAGACUCCAAAACCAAAAAAGAAAGAUGGUGCCCUUGUAGAUCAUGGGGCACUAAUGCAUGAAUUGGAAUUACUAAAGGCUGCUAUGCAUGAAAAUGCACUUAAAGAGAACACUGAACCCGAAACGGCAGCACAACAUGAUGAAGCAGAUACACAUACUGUAAAGGUAGAAGAAGAACCUACAAGGCAGGGCACACCAAGCACACCGAAACCCCAAAACAAUUUCCAGCUUCUUGGCGCUGGUAGAACAAUAUUACCAGAAGAUGAUGAGCUAUACAGUAAGAAGAAGAAAAUGGAAUUUGCAUUUCCUGAUGACAUCAAUUGA